GGCACUAGAUAGAGUGUAAUAUAGUAUAAGCAUUAUUUGCGAGAGCUUUCCAGGUUAAGGCAAAAGGGAAUACCAGUUUCACACAGCUUCUCCAUUAUACUUAGCAGAGAAAUAUCCAAAUACAGUACCUGCAGACGGUGCCAGAUGAAGUACGCCUGCUGAGAGAGAUCGUCACUUUCUGCCUCAGAGUAUAUAUGAACCUCAGCUUCAACAUCAACAUAUUUAUGGAUCACUCUACUCACCACCUUUGAAGUCCUAACAAGUGAUAUUUUUGACAGAACAAUUACAAAGAAUUCCAUGGAAGGAAACUAUCUGACCAGAAACACGGAUAAAGGGGAUAGGUUUGGCUUUGAGGAGCAUUCAUGGGGAAGUUCAUGGCCUGCUAGAAAUUAUGCUUGUAGCUUUUGCAAGAGAGAGUUCAAGUCUGCUCAAGCCUUGGGUGGCCACAUGAAUGUUCACAGAAGGGAUAGGGCAAGGUUGAGAUCUUCCUUACCCUCAUCAUCAUGGGUUUCUGAGUGUCCUAAACCUAACCCUAGCAUUAUGCCAAACCCCACUCAUCUUUCACCCUCCUCUCCAUCCUCCUCUCUAUCUAACACUAACCUUUUCAAUUGUGCUCAUUGUUCUCCACUUUAUAGCCCUUCUUUGACUGUGUCGUUUUCACUGACCCCGCCAGUUUCUCUCAAUGGAGACAAGAAACCAACACUCGCAUCUUCCCAGUUUCUUACUCUUUCGGUUCCUCAGGAAAGUGAGGAAAUUAAGAUUUGUAAGAACAAAGAGAUUGGUUUGGGAGUUGAAAAAGUACAGGGUUGUGCAAUAGGAGAGGAAUGCAAGGUUUGUAAGAGUAGUGAGCAUAGCAUCAAGCUGGAGUUGGGAAUAGGGUUUCUUAAACAACCAGAGAAGUUAGAUUUGGAACUACGAUUGGGACACUGAUUGCUAGCUAUGUAGCUCGAUGCAAUUUUUCAAAUAUUGGCAGAUCUGCUAGUUUGUAACUUCGAAUUUGUUUAACUU